AUGCUUCCGUCAGCUGACCUCAAACCCGUCCUUUCAGACGAGUGGUUUAAUCUAGGACCAAAAAGGGCGUCUUGGAUCCAGAUCACGAAAAGAGCCCAUAGCUUGGGCUUUGACUUCGAAUUGAUCAAUGAUACAUAUUGUGAUUGGCUUCCUGAGCCAAAAGAAUCCAGACUGUGUAUAUGCAAGAAAGGUUCAAUUUGGGGACAAUUACCAAAGAUCUUUGGUGUCCGUAGCUCGCUGGAAGACCAGAAUGAGUACUUCAGGUACUUCCACGAGGAACGUGGACAGUUUGUCGUUACCUACCUGUCUUUGAACUUUCCCGAGGAUUAUCAUGGUGAAGCUGUAUACCCGUGGGGCAUUUCUUGGGUGAGAAAGCAAACCACAGAAGGCUUUGCACAUGGGUUUAUUAGCAUGCUUCCAAAUGGCUGUGUGCCGCAUAAUCCAUUUGACCUUUUCAAACAAUUCCUGGACCAUCUUCAUCAAGAAUGGAAUAAAUCUUGCUUGAGAUUGACAGAUCGAGUAGAAGAAUUGCGGCGUGAUCAGGUAAAAUAUAAAGGGGUGAGCCAUGAGCUUAUAGACUGCUUAGCCCAAGCUUCGCAAAGUCGUGCGCAUCUUUCCAAGUGUCUACACUCACAUAUCGAGGGUAUUAAUGAUAUCAUCAAUACUAACACCUCAUUUGACCUGGAGGAGAAAUCACGGUUAGCAACAGAUAUGGGGGUUAUUGAAAAAAGAUUGAUGUCAAAACUGAGCCAUUCAGAACAGAGUUUACGCGAAUUAUUACAGAUCGAGCUUGCCUGGGUUUCGAGGAACGAGUCUGCCAGUGUCAAGCGUCUUAGCUGGCUCACUGUGAGCAAUAUCCCAUUAAAUCUAUGCGUCUUGAUAACAUUCAACUGGACAGUUCGUUUUCCUGCCGCCGAUGUUUGUCUCGAGUCUCUUUGGGAUGAACGUUAA